UUUUUAUAUAUUCUGAACUGCAUAUCAGAUCGAGGCUUCGCUAACCAAAAUCCAAAAACCGGUCGAAAAAGAAUAUGUACAAUUAUAUGUUACUAUGAAAUUUUGGAACAAGCUUUUUACGGGCUCAGAUGGGUAAGCGAGAUCGUGGCUCCGCUGAUUAUAAGUGACUAUAAAAUCUCAUACAUAUCAUACAUAACAGACGUUGACUUUCACCAUAUCACUGCAAUUUUUAACGAAUGUGGAGAAUGGGAUCACAUUCAAAUUAAGCUCAAGAAAAAAAAAAUAUUAUGCAAACUUGUUCAGAAACACAAAACUACAUAUUUGAGGUUAUAUUGAAAAAAUAUUAUAAUUUAAGAAAUAGAGAAAAUAAAUUAAAUUCAUGGCUAAUUUCCACAACUAAUCCAGAGUGUUUAAUAAUUUAAUUAUUACAUAAAAGUGAUAAUAUUAUACUAAAUGAAGCUGUAAAUUAAACUACACCAAAUAUUAGAAAAGCGUAAAUAACUCUUUAUAACAUACAUCCUUUUUCAAUACUAAGUAUACUUUGGAACGCAAUAACUUAAAACUUCGAAAGUUUGAAUCUCGGAGGAGAGGUAAAAAUCAAAAUUAAAUUUCCUUAAAAACUUUUCAAAACAAUCUCCUUCUAUGGUGUAAUAGAAAAGUUAUUAUAUCUAAACACGAUCUAGACGAACUGAAAUUAGCUUCUUAGAACAACUUCCAGUAACAAAACGCUCUGAGCACACCAGACACAAAACAGAAUUCUUUUUCCGGUUAAUUUAUGAUGCCAAGCGGAAAAUUGCAUAUGAAGGCAAAUUUUAUUUACAAAAGAAUGCGUUCGGUUGGCGGGAGAUCAGAACUCGUUCAAAAAAAAUCAUUCUAUGCAAUCGACGAACGCUGCGCGCGCGUCUUAAUGUACAAAGUUUUGGCGCCAUUUUGAAUCUCCAUAAAAUAAAUAUGUAAUCAAUUAAUUGUAAAUCAUAACAUAUCAAUUUAAAUAUAUUUAAGUAUAAUUAGACAAUGUAUAAAUAAAAUAACAAAAAUGGAGUGUAAAAGCAGUGUGAUUGUGACUUUGUCGUGUUUAAAUACAUUUUAUCGGAAAUUUAUUGUUUGGAUCGUAUAUGCGGGUGUUAUUUUGUUUUUUGUGCCAUCACCGCCAUCAGUAUUUUGUGAGCCAGAUUGGACACGUCAAUUAACCUAUGAUAAAAUAUACAACAAUUCACAUUAUGCCCAAAUCAGGUAUAUAACGAAGCCAUACAAAAAUCAAGUCAAAACUAGCAGUAGCAACCGUAGUACCUACGAUGACACAGCCAAAGGGAACGAAAUAGAUUAUAGGAAAUUUUAUAAAGAUAAAUCGAAACUGCUUGUCGGCUUCGCGAGAGAUCCUUUCAGGUAUUCAGUACCUCACGAGGAUUACGCCAAGGGUGUGAGAUACGUGAAUCCUAAUUCGUAUAAAAUGGAUAAUCGGGGUAAACGUGGUGUUUUCCACUUGUAUAAUAUGAUACAGUGCGCCACUGGAUGUGAGCCUCUGUCGUAUAAGGGGUAUGGUUGUUAUUGUGGAUUUCUUGGAACUGGAAGACCCACAGAUGGUAUAGACAGGUGUUGCAAGAUGCACGACCAGUGCUACGAGAAUAUCUACUGCCCCUUCUUCACGGUAUACUUCCAGCCAUACUACUGGAAGUGCUACAGAGGAGAGCCACUCUGCACUUUGGAGAACUAUCAGAGUCAGGACCAAUAUGUUAAUGGAUGCGCCGCGAGACUUUGUGAAUGCGACAGAUUAUUCGCGAUGUGCGUACGAAGAUACUCUUGCCCGAGAGGGAGAUCGUUCUGUUACUCAUCACCUGUCAGACUGUUCCAGAAUUUACUAGCUUUCCGAUAGUUGUUGAUGUCGCUGACUUAAAUUGUGCAUUUUUCUAUAAUAUCUUCAUCAUCAUCACAACCUAUAGGUGUUCUGAACAUAGGCUUCUCAAAUCGAUCUCCAUUUGGGCCGGUCCGUUGUCACCUGCAUCCAAAAUAACCCAGCGAUUUUCACUACUUGAAUUACUUUAAUACUCAAUGUCCUCAUAACAACAGUUUUAAUAGGUAGGUAUACAAAAAUAUUAUCAGGUUAUAGAACGAACUUGAAAGCAUAUUUUCUAAGAUAAGAUUUCUAUUUCAUUGUCAUCUGAGAAAAAAUGUGAUAUUUUCAAAUUUUUAAUAUACUAAAUUCUACUUAUACUGACAUACAUAUACUGGCAUAUAUGCUGGAGAACAGGAAAUAAAUAUAUAUUAAAGCAUCAAUUUUAACACUGAAGAAUUGUGGUGGUUGAUAGAAGUCUGCGCCCUUAAAAUAUGUAUAUAAAUAUUUUGAGUACAAAUUAGUUAAUAAAUUAUUGUUGUAUCCAA